GUAAAAUAUUGUAAAGUAAAAAAAAUUAUAUUACUUUUAUAAAAAAAAAAAAAAAAAUACAUUACAAAAUCUCAUAGCAGAGAGAGAGGGUUUUACUUUGGUGCUUCUUUAAUUUAUCGCUACUCUCUCUUCUCCGGCCCCGUUUCCGUGAUCAGAUGUCUCAGCUUUGCAAGAAUUUCAUAGUUGGACAUUGAAAAAACCAAUCUUGAAGGGUCACUCAAGAGGGGUUUUACUGUUGAGGUGGAAAAGGAGGUUGAGUAACAAACAUGGUGAUUUCCAGUUCAAAUCCUCACAGUAAGGAGAUAUCCAUUCGAAAGCGGAUUGCUAGCAUAUUUAAUAAGAGAGAAGAUGAUUUUCCAUCGUUGAAAGAGUACAAUGACUAUUUGGAGGAAGUGGAGGACAUGACAUUUGAUUUGAUCGACGGUAUAGAUGUUGCUGCUAUAGAAGAGAAAAUUGCACGGUACCAGGAAGAAAAUGCUGAGCAAAUAAUGAUAAAUCGAGCACGGAAGGCUGAAGAAUUAGCUGCAGCUAUGGCAGCAAGUAGGGGGGGACCUGUUACUCAAUCUGAAAAUGAUGGGGGUCCAAGCCAGAGCUCCCAAACAGGACAAAGUACACAAGGCCAGUAUGCUCCAACUGUUGCAGGUGGACAACCACGGCCUACUGGCAUGGCCCCACAACCGCUGCCGCUCGGGAUGAGCACUGACAUCCACGGUUAUGCCAUUGACGAUGAGGAGAUGUUAAAGCUAAGAGCCGAGAGAGGAGGAAGGGCUGGAGGGUGGAGUUUAGAACUAAGCAGGAAGAGGGCACUUGAAGAAGCUUUCAGCAGCAUUUGGAUAUGCUAGCCUUGCUACUGUUUUUCACUAUGAAGUCUUAAACCAUAUCCAAUGGUGUAAAAUGUGUGUUAAAUUUGGCUAAAAAAAAAGUAAACCAAAUGCUAUAUUUAGUCCAAAUUUUACAGUUGUACUCCAUUACAUUAGAUGUAAAAUUAACUUAAAAAGUCAAUAAAAACUUUAGAUUUUUAUAUAUAAAAAA